CAGUUACUGUUUGUCGCUUUGUCAGAGAAGUGACCACGCAGGAGCUUCGACUUGCAGAUGUUGAAAUUUUGACAAUGUAAAAUAAACUUCAACAGGCUUCUAAAAACGUCAUAGUAGGCCAGAAUUUUUAAGAUGCAAGCCACAACUGAUAUUUGGAUUGCUGAACAGUCAUAUAUUACCUUGGCUCUUGACUAAGUCACAAGUUCAUCCUGGUAAGAAAUCAACGGUCGAAAUGACUUCCAGGGUUCCACUGCUAGUUUGCUUGGCUCUCUGCACCGGACUGAGCACAAUUCCAGCGGAUGCGUACAACAUUCUCCUGGCUACGCCUAUUGCCAGCAAGUCUUUGCAUUAUUUGUUCACUGCGAUCGGAGAGAACUUGGUGAACGCCAACCACACGGUGACUCUCUUGACAAGUUUCCCGCCUUCGCUUUCUCAUCCAAACUUCAGGAGCUUAAAUGUUUUGGGUGAAGUGCCCCAGCCCAAGUAUAACGUCUUCGAAAUGCGCGAUAUCACAAAAGCCCGUGAAAAGUUUACUCAAGAAAUAUUCUUCAUUGGUGGGAUAAUGUGGGAAAACGAAGAGGUCAAAGAGGUAUGGAAUAAGAGGAAUUCGUUCGACGCUUUCUUGACUCCUGCGUAUAUCAACGAAAUCUGCAUGCCGUUCUUACUAAACUACACCGGACAUUACAUGAUCGUCUCCACUCCCGGGGUGGAGUACAGUGCGAUAUCCAUGGCAGGCAAUUGGUUGCCGCCCUCAGUUGUUCCGUCGAUGACUUUACCUUACGAUGGAGACAUGACUUUUUUCGAACGAACUGUCAAUGUGAUUGCCAUUCCAUUAUUAUAUUUCCAUAAAAAAUUUACGUACUUCGUUCAAAUGCAGAGGCUACUGGAACAAAAAUUCCCCGAAAUCGAACCCAUCGGCAGUUAUUAUUCAAGAGCGAGAUUAACCCUGAUCAACGGGCACCCUGCCCUGGACAGCCCCGUGCCCCUCCUGCCCAGUCAGGUCGAAAUUGGUACCAUCAACGCCAAGCCUGCCAAGCCCCUGCCCAACGACCUGGAGGAGUUCAUGGCCAGCAGCGGCGCCCACGGGGUCAUCUACUUCAGCAUCGGCAGCAUCGCUGAAAGCGCCGACAUUCCCCUCAGAGCAAAGCUGGAGUUUGUGGAGGCGUUCCGCAGGCUGCCGCAAAAAGUCGUGUGGAAAUACGAGGGCAGCGACUUGGAGCUGCCGCCGAACGUCCUGACGCGGGCCUGGCUCCCUCAGCAGGACAUACUCGGUCAUCCGAAGACGCGGCUUUUCAUUUCGCACUGCGGGAACCUGGGCACCCAAGAGGCCAAGUACCACGGCGUACCAGUACUUGCAGUGCCAGUGGCCUUUGAUCAGCCCAGGAACGCGGCUCGGAUGGUACGCAAGAAGCUGGCGCUGUCGCUGGAGUGGCAGACGCUCACCGCCCAGGCCAUCGUCGACGCCGUCAACGAGCUCGUCAACGACACCACAUACGGCGCCCGGCUGAGGACGAUCUCAGCGGUGCUGCAGGACCAGAAGGAGAGUCCCGGGGCUCGUGCUGUGCGGUGGAUAGAGUACGUGAUCCGGCACCAUGGGGCGCCGCACCUGCUGUACCCCGGCAAGCGCCUGCACUUCCUGCAGUAUGUCUCUGCAGACGUCCUGCUCUUCCUCGCCGUCUGCUGCUACGUCGUCUACAGGAUACUCAGAAGUGCGGUCGUUGUGGCGGUGGGCGCCUGGCGUGGCAGGCUCAAGGAAACCAAGAAAAAGAAACUCUAGUCACGGCCGCGGCCGGCGCCGGAUUUGGGGUCCUAAUCCAGCUGCUGUAUUAUU